UGGAAGUCUAACCUGGACACCAAGACAGACCCCGAAAAACCUCCCGUCUACACGAAAACAUCUUAAAGCAGUCUCGUUUUAGUUUACACAAACUGUUAUUCAACAGAUAAAAGUUCGUUUUAAGCAAUGACAAUGUUGGGUAUGUACGUGCCAGACAGAUUUGCUCUGAAGUCAUCUAAGGUCCAAGACGGAAUCGGGCUUUACACCGCGAGAAGAGUCAAGAAGGGAGAGAAGUUUGGCCCAUUUGCCGGAGAGAAGAAAAUGCCGAGCGAUAUGGAUGAGAGCAUGGAUCCGCGAUUGAUGUGGGAGGUACGGGGGACCAAAGGGGAUGUGUUGUACAUCCUGGACGCCAGCAACCCUCGGCACGCUAACUGGCUGCGCUUCGUCCAUCAGGCGCCGUCGCAAGAGCAGAAGAACCUGGCGGCCAUUCAGGAUGGAGAGAAUAUCUUCUACUUGGCUGUGGAUGACAUUGAAACAGACACUGAGCUGCUCAUUGGCUAUCUGGACAGUGACAUGGAGGAGGAAGAGGAAGAGGAGGAGGAGGAGGACAUCAAGGACGGAGAUGAAAGCAGUGUUGAGAGCAAGCAUCUCAGUGAAGAGCUGACCAUCAAGAAGGAGGACCACCCAUGCUUGCUGUGUGAGAGCAGCUUCCCUAGUGAGGAGAUCCUGGCAGCGCACCUCCAGAGCCUGCACCAGAGGCCCAGCACAGAGGAGAAGGAGUUCAAAUGCCGCAACUGCGGCAAGAAGUUCCCCGUCAAGCAGGCUCUGCAGCGCCAUGUGCUGCAUUGCACGGAGAGCCAAGCCCCAGUAGCAGGAGACUCGGCGAAAGCCCACCAGUGUUCGCUCUGCCACAGCACGUUCUCUUCCGAGUCCAGUUUUGAACAGCACAAAGAGGCCUGUAAAGGAGAUGCCAGGUUCAUUUGUAAAGCGGAGAGCUGUGGGAAGAGGUUCAAGAGCAAAGAUGCACUGAAGAAACACAAGGGAAACGUGCAUACAGGCAGCGCUCGAAGGAAACUGAUGUGUACCAUCUGCAACAAGAAAUGCUCAUCCUCGCUGAACCUUCAGGAGCAUCGCAAGGUGCACGAGGUAUUUGACUGUCCUGCCUGUGACAAGAAAUUCAUCUCCACCAACCAGCUGAAGCGCCACAUGAUCACACACUCUGAGAAGCGACCGUACACAUGUGAAAUCUGCAGCCGCUCCUUCAAGCGAUUGGACCAGGUUACCGCCCACAAGAUCAUUCACAGCGAGGACAAGCCCUACAAGUGCAAACUGUGUGGGAAGGAGUUUGCCCACCGCAACGUCUACAAGAACCACAAGAAGACACACUCGGAGGAGAGGCCGUUUCAGUGUGAGGAGUGUAAGGCUUUGUUUCGCACGCCGUUUUCACUACAGAGGCACCUCCUCAUUCACAACAGUGAGAGGACCUUUAAGUGUGACCAGUGCGACGCCACCUUUAAGAGGAAGGACACGUUGAAUGUGCACAUUCAAGUGGUCCACGACGGCCACAAGAAGUACAAGUGUGACCUGUGCGAGAAGGCCUUCGUCACCCCCUCGGUGCUCAAGAGCCACAAAAAGACUCACACGGGAGAAAAGGAGAAGAUCUGCCCCUACUGUGGUCAGAAGUUUGCCAGCAACGGUACUCUGAGGGUCCACAUCCGCAGUCACACAGGAGAGAGGCCAUACCAGUGCCCUUACUGUGACAAGGCCUUUAGCAAGAAUGAUGGACUGAAGAUGCACAUCCGGACUCACACACGAGAAAAGCCCUACAAGUGUAGCCAGUGCAACAAAGCGUUCAGUCAGAAGCGAGGUCUGGAUGAGCACAUGAGGACCCACACUGGAGAGAAGCCCUUCCAGUGUGACGUGUGUGACCUGUCCUUCAGUCUGAAGAAGAUGUUGAUCAGGCACAAGCUCACCCACAACCCCAACAGGCCCAUGGCUGAGUGCCAGCUCUGCCACAAGAAGUUCACCAGGAACGACUACCUCAAGGUGCACAUGGAGAACGUCCACGGCGAGACAGAGGGCUAGUCGUCGCUGGGCAGCACCAAAGAAACGGGACUGAAAACAAGUUUGAGAACACACAAGCCAAACGGAACAGGGAAGCAAAGAGCUAUAAGAAAAUAUGAGCCCUCAGCAAUAAUGAUGCUGAGAAAGAAAUGGCUAUUGUGUGAAUUGUCAAAUGUAAAUGCCAAAGCCGUGUCACUAUGCAGUCAUGCUGUUCUUGAUUUUACCAAAACUUUGUUCAGACUUUGUGAUCUGCAUUUUUGUGAAUGAAAUGGUCAUAGGAAAUGGCAAAGUGAAAUGGUACGUGUUAUGUGCUGCACCAGUCAUUAUGUUCUGUCAAGGGAACAUAAUGUGACAGAGCUGUGGCAAACACAAUCAGUAAAGCCCCUCUGUGCCUCUACAUACAGCAGGCUUUGCCCACUACUCCAAGCCACAGGAAGUGCUGGACUCGUAUGAUGGCAAAGGCGAGCUAGAAAUGCAGGAAAGGCCUGGGGCGCGUUUCCCAAAACCAUAGUUACGCACCCCUGCAUAAGAUUUGGUCCCUGAGUGUGUGGAAGUGUAGGAUCCAUAGAGCACUGGUGCAGUAAGCAGGGACUAAAAUACACAAUGAAUGUGAUUGGGCCUUCUGUCACCAAAGAACAGUUUUUUACAGGACAAGAAGCUUUUUUUACAGUUCAUCUGCAUUCACUGCGAGACAUAUAGAUUAUGUUAUUACUGUAAUCAAAUGCAGCACUCUGUACAAUAUAUUACAUUUUGUGCCUUCCAGUCAGUCAUUAUGAUGUGUUGCUUAUUAUUACUUGAUGGAGUAUGUUAAAACAAAUUACGUAUUUUUCUUACUCACAAUACAUUGCUGUUGUCUUUUUACACAUUAUAUUUAUAUGUAUUUUUAGACAUUACAUAUUCAGCAAUGUUGUAUUGUUUACAGAGCACGUUUGUAUAGGAAAGUUAAAUAUAUUUACGGUAACAAUCUAUACACUUCUUUUCAAAUGUAUUUUUUUAUAGUCGUUUUGUUUGGGAAGAUGGGAUUAAGUGGGUGUGGAUGCCCUUUCAUGGAUGUGCAAAAACUUUUUCUCAGCAAAAACUUCUCCAGACUGUUGGCAGCCCUCGCUCUGAGACUGUGGUAAUUGCAUUGAAGAAUGGUUUCUUGAACUUCCUCGCACCAAAAACCGCAUCACUUUCUAAAGAGCCAUUUGCUUUGUUAAUUACAAUCGUAUGGAACUCGCUAAGCUGUUGAUGCUGGCAAUCGGAAAUGCUUUGAAAAGCGUUGAUUAAAAGCGUCGACUGCC